UAUCUCAGCGGAAAGGAUGCGACCAAGUUCGCCCUGGUCCACCGCGCUCAAAACGACCCUCUCAUCAACGAUGCCGACGCCCCUUCCAUGGUCUUUGCCGAACUCAGAGGUCCUCAAUACGCCAAAAACAGCCGCAAGAUCAAGGAGCGUGGCGAUCUAGAAGAUGAGUUCGGUACAGACUACAAGCCCAACGAGGGUGAGGCAGCCGAGCACGGUGUCUACUUCGACGACACCCAGUACGAUUACAUGCAACAUCUGCGCGACCUGGGCUCUGGAGGUGGUGCCGCUACUUGGGUUGAGGCUCGCUCAGCAAAGAACAAGAACAAGGGGAAGAUGAGUCUGGAGGAUGCGCUCCGCGGCAUGGACGUCAAGGAUGAUGACUUGCAGAGUUAUGGUGGAGAGAGUGUUGCUUCGACCAGAAGUCUGAUGCCCGACGACAUGCUGCCUAGCGACUUUGUCCGCAAAACAACCUACCAGGAUAUGCAGGCUGUACCAGACGCUAUUGCUGGCUUCCAGCCCGACAUGGAUCCCCGUUUGCGCGAAGCCCUAGAGGCUCUGGACGACGAGGCAUACGUCGACGACGAGGACGACAUCUUUGCAGAACUUACUGGUGACGCCGAGGAAGUCGAUCGCGAUGACUGGGAAGGUCUCGAGUUCGACGAGGAAGAGGGCGACGGCUACGUCGACGACGACGAUGAAGGCUGGCAAUCCGACGACACAAUCAAGGCUGGAGAAAAGGGAGAGAAGGGCGAACAUCUACCACCGCCUGCCGACACUGCUGCUCCACCGCCCUCAGACCCCAGCGCAGGAGCCUGGAUGGAAGAAUUCACAAAGUUCAAGCAAGACGUCAAGGCCGCAAAGGCUCUGCCCAAGAAAGAAGCCAAGCCUGCACCAUCAGACAUACAGUCCAUCAACACCGGUCUUUCAUCUCUGGCUUCUGGCCGCCGCAAGAAGCGCAAGGGUGCCAUGACCUCGACAUCCGGCUACUCUAUGUCCUCGUCCGCCCUCGUCCGCACAGACGCCCAAAGUCUGCUGGACCAACGCUUCGACAAGAUCGAAGAAGCCUACGCCGAAGACGAUUUCGAUGACUAUGGUUCCCAAUUCGAUGAUGCCGAAUCCAUGGCUUCAGGCAUGACUGGCAUGUCUCACGCCUCAGCCAUCAGCUCAUACUCACGAGCCACCGACUCGGAAGCCCCCAAUCUCGUCCGCAGUGACUUUGACAGCAUCAUGGAUGGUUUCCUUGCCGGCCACUCGCGUGCUGGUAACCGUGGUCGCCAUAUCAAGAAAUCUGGCUUCCAGACUGGGAUGGAGCAGCUUGAUGAGAUCCGUUUCGGUCUGGGUCCUGCUCGUUUGGGCAAGUCUGCCCGUGCUCAGAGCACUCGUCACCAAUGA